AUGGGCAAGUGCGAAGGAUUGGCCGUGUUCUUCGCGAGCGAGCAGCUUGUGUGUGUGCCGGUGAAGACUGCGCGCAGCCUCGGGAUCGAAAUUUUCGAGCACAUUGACGAGCCAACCGGUCCGUGUACACGUUGUGCACGUUUUGCCUUUAUCCGUAUCUUUUCUACCAAGCACUUGUGCAUUAGUGCUGCGAUGGCAACGGGCUCCGUUGCUGGUAACAGCCCGCAAAAGGCUUCGCGGAAGAAGCGCGAGAUGACACCUGUCCCCUUUCAGGCCCCGGCUGCCAAACUCCUCAAGAUCCACGAGGCGUCCAAUGCGCAGAACUCCGCUUGGGCCGACUUCCUCAAGGACCAAAACCUCGACGAAGCGAAGCUCCUGAAGUCCUACCAAAUCGUGCCCCGUGUUGCCCCAUCGCCUACCUUCCGCAAGGGCCUCUACUUGGUGGUCGGCGGCGGCGAGCUGGGAGCUAUUCAAGCUCCCACGCUCCUCGAGAACUAUCUCGUCGGGCGGCUUGAGGCUCCUACCUUUGCAGCGACCACGGUAGUAUGGGCUGCGCCGCUGUUGCGGAACAAUGAGGUGUACCGAGAUUGGUGUGGACCUGAAAGUGGCGGCGCUAGUGUGGAAGGAAUGUACAAAGGGAUGAAAUGGGUGGGUGGUCGCGGGGGGGUGUUAGGAGGAGCAGUGGAUCAGCGCGAGGUCCUGGCAAAGGAAGGGAAGGAAAGCCAGCUGGUCGGACAGAAGGGUGAAGGCAGGCAAGCCGCAGCAACAUUUUCGAAGGGGAAGCAGGAGGAGGAGGAGGAUGAUGACGAUGAUGAUGAUGAUGAUGAGGAGAAUGGUGAGGACGAGGAGGAGGAGGAGGACGACGACGAAAACGGUUAUGAGGACACAAACCUUCCGGAUUUCUCUCUCACCAUGUCCGCCUGCGAGCUCUCAUCCAUGACCGUGAGGGAUUUGCCCCCUCCCUCACGCCCGUUGAAGCUCAAGCUCAAGGUCGCCUCUCCUGACUCGGCAGCCAGUGAGCUUCAUGUCCGAACAUGCUCCCUGCGCCACAGCCUGGCUGAUUGCGGGUUCCCGGUGGGCGGGGGCUACCUCGAUGCGGACGACAACUUGGUGGAAAAAGGUCCUGGUGCAAAUUACGUCCGCUGGACUGAGGCCCUGCCGUUCCAGCACGUAUCCAAAAUCGCAGACAUCAUUGAGAAUACCUUGUGGCGGUUGAGGUUGGUGUUGGAGCCCGGCAUCGUCCGGGUGAUGCACGAGGCAGGCGUCAACGUGGACGUCUUGGCCGAGAUGUUGGACCUGGUCUGGGAGGAUGCGGCGAAGAGUACGCAGAAAAUCACCUUCACCGAACUGGUGAACAUGGUCCUGGGCAUGCGAGGCUCAAACCCCGCGACGGUGAAAGAUUGCAAGGAACAAAUUCGUGUCACCAACUCGCUCAUCAAGCGAUGCUUCAUGGAGCUUUACGACGAACUCGAUGAAAAGGUGCAGCAGAUUCGGACCGAAAUCCAGAAUAGCCUGGAUAACGAUCUGGACUUCGAAGGAGACUUCAGCUGGGAUGGGGAGCACACACCCAAGGAUGGCGAUGAGACGGAAGCGGUUGACGAAGAAGAACCGGAUGAUCAAGACCCGGAUGCGCGAAUCCGUGGUCAGGUCCGUGGGGCAGUGAAUCAUGGCGCAGAUUUUCCCAUUGUCUCAGUUUUUGCACCCAUGGGUGAAGGUUUUUACGACGCGGCAUGUCCCGAAGAUGCCAUGUUAGAACUUCCCCCCCAACCGCUGCCUGUACCUAACAUGGCCAACAUGGCCAGCAUGGCCAACAUCGGCGUCUCUGCAGCCCGCCGCCCCGGGCGACAGUGGGUGGUGGCUGAAGAGAGGCAUCCUGACGAGACGGUAAAGGGUGAGGAGUUCAUGUCCUCUGAGAGUUUGUUGGGCAAGUGGGUCGACUCGCAGGGUCAUUCGAUCCAUGUGCUGUCCGCUGAUGCCUACAAUGUGAGAUUGCUGGCCACGCUGUCGAAAACCAUGUGUCCAGAUAAGCACCUGGCGCUGAAGCCGGUGAGGUUGGGCGCGGGGUGGCAAUGUGGCCAUUCCAUCUUGGACCCCUCCUGGAGCACAUCAUCCCAGCUUCACUGGGUGGCCGGAGAUGGUCGCGUCACUGUUUGGGUUCGACCUUCCAAGGCCAAGAAGGCGGAGCCCAAGGAGAAGGAUCAAAGCUGA